AUGAGUACACAAGUACAUUUAAACCCUACUAUGCUAUCGAUACUAUCUAUAUCACGAGAUAAAUAUUGGAUAUUUAUCAGUUCUAUUUUGCAACUACUAUAUCAUUCAGUUGAUAGUUCAAACUUUCAAAAAUCAAGCAUCGACGAUGAUGAUGACGAUGACGACGGCAAUGGAUUGGAUGAAUACAGCUCAAGUACAUCUACUUCGGACAGUGAUGGAUUAAACUCAAAAUUGGUUGAUAAUUCAAGCAAAUUACCCCCUAGCCCUCCACUUGAACAACCAAUAGAAGAAGAUAUUGAAUCCGAGGAUUAUUUUUUCCAUAUUGCCUUGACUCCUGUUGAAUGUACAAUUAUUUGUUCACAAAAGUUGAUGAAACAAUAUUUCCAACAACCAAUUGAAAUAUGUAAACAAUUAAACUAUACUGAUGUCCAAUUGCUACCGGAAAAAUAUUUAUGUUUAAGUGUUGAUUGUGAUGGUAGUUCGGAUAAUUCAUUAAGAAUUUUGGAAUUAACUAAACCAUUAUCAGAAAACAACAUUUCUUUAUUUUUCAUAUCUAGUCAUUUCAAUGAUAUCGUAUUAAUCCCCUAUGAUUUGAAACAAAAAGUCGUCAAUAUUCUUACAAAAAAUAGGUUUGAAUUUCUGGAUGUUUCCAAUAGUUAUAUUCCUACAUUUGGAGCGUCACCAAUUGCUACAGAAUUUGAUUUCGAACAAGGUUCCAAAAAAUUAGAAGAAAGAACAUUUGAAUCAUUCAAACAAUCGCAAAUUCAUCCUAUGAUUAAUAACAAAGUGAAAUUAUUACUUACGGGUUCAAGACAAGGUGAAGUGAACAAUGCAAUUAUUAAAUCAGCCAAAAUCUUAUCAUCUACAGAAACAAUACCAAAUUAUUUUGCCAUUACCAGAACUUAUUACAAUGAAGUAUCUCUUGUUCUACCGAAAUCAAGUAAACAAAGAACAAGGUUAGGAUUUGACUCUAAAUAUAUUAUUGGAUCAACUCAAGAUGUAAUUAUACCCAUAACAAUAGACUUUUCCAAACUUCCCUUGGAUUCUACAGGUAUAGUUGCUGGAUUAGCUAGUAAGUUGAUUACUGGUGGUGAAAAUCUUUCCGAAUUGUAUUAUUUUUCAAUGGCAAGAUCUGGUGUGGUUAUGAUUCCACAAGAAAAUAUUGAAACCAUAGCUAAGAUUUUACGUGAUGUCUAA